GUAAAACUGUUUGCUAACAUUUUUGUGGAGUUAUGUGAUUGGUCACAAUCCUAUUAUAUAAAUCUUGCGAUCACGAUUUGACCAUUGGAACUAAAUUGGUUGAGAUGAUGUUUUCUCUCAUCUUUGCCUUGUGCCUUUCAGGCUAUGCGCUGGGACAUGAAAUUUGGUUUUCCGAAACUUUUCCGGAUGAAUCUAUUGAGAAUUGGGUACAAUCAACAUAUAAUGCCGAUAAGCAAGGAGAAUUCAAAGUAGAAGCUGGUAAAUCUCCAGUUGACCCAAUUGAAGAUUUGGGUUUGAAAACAACACAAGACGCCAGGUUUUAUGGCAUUGCACGCAAGAUUUCUGAACCGUUCAGUAAUCGUGACAAGACAAUGGUUCUCCAAUUUACUGUCAAAUUCGACAAAACUGUCAGCUGCGGCGGUGCUUAUAUUAAACUUUUAGGUUCAGACAUUGAUCCCAAAACUUUCCAUGGCGAAACACCUUAUAAGAUUAUGUUUGGUCCUGAUAUUUGCGGUUUGGCUACAAAGAGGAUUCACGUCAUUUUUAACUACAACGGUCAAAAUCACCUGAUCAAAAAGGAUAUACCUUGCAAAGAUGAUCUAAAAACCCACCUUUACACUCUAAUUGUGAAUCCGAAUAACAAAUACGAGGUUUUAGUUGACAAUGUAAAGGUUGAAGAAGGAUCGUUAGAAGAUGACUGGGAAAUGCUCCCACCCAAAAAGAUUGACGAUCCGAAUGACAAAAAACCUGAUGACUGGGAAGACGAACAAUUUAUCGAUGAUCCGGAUGACAAGAAACCUGAUAACUGGGACCAGCCUAAAACAAUACCUGAUAUGGAUGCCAAGAAACCAGAUGACUGGGAUGAUGCUAUGGAUGGAGAGUGGGAGCGUCCCCAAAAAGAUAAUCCCGAAUUUAAGGGUGAAUGGUCCCCAAGGCGUAUAGAUAAUCCAAAAUACAAAGGGGAGUGGAAACCUGCGCAAAUUGACAAUCCAAAAUACAAACCCGAUCCUGAGUUGUAUGUCCAAAACGACAUUGGUUAUGUCGGCUUUGAUCUGUGGCAGGUUGACUCAGGAUCUAUCUUUGAUAACAUUUUGAUUACUGACAGUCCGGACUUCGCUAAGAAAGAAGGUGAGCGGCUGUGGCGAAAGCGAUAUGAUGCUGAGGUUGCUAAAGAUCAGUCAAGUGCAAAAGAUGAUGUGAAAGAGGAAACGGAAGAACCGAAGGAACCAGAAGAGCCUUCAGACGAUGUAAAAUCGUCGGACGAGUCAUCUGAUGACCACGAUGAACUGUAGGAUGGGACAGUGGGGGUGAGAACACUUUUCUGUUUUUUUUACUAGGACUCUAUUCUUCUAAAUUUGUAUAUUUGUCAUUUUUUCUGAUUGAUAUGAAUUGUUGUUACUCCAUCAUUGUACUGUCUUAAAAUACAGUGACGAUUUUUACUGGG